CCAGCCGGCUCAUUGACGAGAUGCUGGAGGCCUUCGGGGACGCCACUAACACCAUGGGUAUCCCGCUUUUGGACCAUGACAAGAUCCAGGACAUUUGGAAGACUCGGAGGCGCCACUUCCACUGCAUCCAGGACCCAAUCAGCGUGCACCUGUACAUGCAGACCAGGCAGCCGGUCAAAGGGGGGAUCACACUGCCGGUGUACAGGUGUGCGCGAGGUUCAACUUCGUUGGAGUCGUUCCACCUGUAUCUGAACCGCUUCAUUCCUGGCACUUCAGCCAGUGCAGCCCACUUUCAGCCCUAUCUCCUGGAAGGCCUGGCACGGUGGAACGAGGACCUUGCAGCACAGGCAGUGGAGGCAGCAGACCGUGAUAUUGUCUGCUACAGUGGCCAACUCCAGCACUCCCUCAAUGAGCUGAGCGAACUUGUAUAUCACAUGAAGCUGGUUGAGGAUUACACCCGGCCUGCGAAGUACAAUGGUGAGCUCAUUGGCGUCCAGUACCUAUUUUCCCAGACUGGUCGAGUGCUGGUGGAAGUGAUGGGCAGGGAUCCCGACGCUCUGGAUGGGACUGAUACAGAUGACGACAGUGUCGACAAGGGCUUCCAAGAGGAUGAGGGGUCAGUAGAGGAACCUUUGGACCACACCCUCUUCGGCUUUGAGAAGGACUUCGCCCUACAAACAUCCAAACCCUUGUUGUCUGACAAGUCCCAGUCGCACCUUGCCAUCGGCGCCUCACAGUCUGGGCCAGGAGACCUCCCCUGGAGACAAGGCCAUUCAAAGGGUGUCCCACGAGCCGGUAAGUCUCUCCCGACAAGUCGUGAUAUACCUGUGGAAUAUCUGAUGAGUACUCCCCUUUCUCACUUUCGCUCUCUUCCCCCAACAGAAUAGCCUUGGACCUGACACUGGCCCGGGUUACGAGCACGUGGUCAACCUGGCCUGCAGUCUCUUGAAGCAGCGUCACCAUGCCUACGUGACGUAGCACCAAGUGGCGAAGAUCGUCGCCCUCUGGGAACGAUUGCCAGAGGGCGACAAGGCCCCAGUUCACUUCCCGCCACGCUACCAGGAAAGACUGGUGAAGGGGAGGUUACGACGCAAGCACUCGCAGACCAGUGUCACACUGGGAGUGGAGUGCUUGCAACAGUAGGUAUAUGUUCGGCCAGGGUGGCCAAGCUGCACAGAUGCCAAACAUCAGCCGCCUUGUGGAGAUCGUUUGUAUAGAGCUGUCCAGGAUUUACCCCGAAGGAACCACCAUCUGCAGCGUGAAGGCGAACCACUGGGCAGCUGUAAUGCGCGAUUACAUCUGCAUUCAGGAGAAUGUCCUUACAAACCCGGUACUCGUGGCCUAGACACGCAUUCAGCUAUUCCCCCUCAAUCAGCGCACCCUGGCACAAUGGCACUAUGCUCGCACCAGGGAGCUGGUACAGCGGGCUGUGGAGAUGACCAUGCCGUUGCCAAGCAGCUCUGCCCUUGCUUCAGAGCCCACCCCUGCCGUACACCCACAGCCCACGGGCCCCGGGCCCUGAGCAGUCCGCUGCACAACAGUUCGAGUUCCGUGACCCACCUGACCUCGGGGCCCUGUGAAUGUGGCACCAGCCAUCGUUGGGCACCCCCCGUGCCAUGAAGCAUCCGCCACCCUGCCACUCCUUCGGCCGACCGACACUGCCGUUCCUCCGCCUCCACCGGCACAAACUUCAGUACCCCGCACCACUGCCUGGCGGAGUAGCUGGCGCAACAGCAAGGUAUCCCUCUCAAACAAAGGAAGAAGGUGGAGGCCUUUGUUUGCCAGCACUGUAGCCAUCCUAAAACAAAAGAGUUUGGCCACAGCCGCUUUGGGAGGGAAACCUUUUGCUCUACCACAGCCGGCAAAACUGUCUAGGAGUGGCUGGAGGAAAAGAGAAUAGAAAAGCAAAAUCAUG